CUUAUGCCUACGCUCAGGUCAAUGCAGGCAGGGUGAGCGGAAGUAGUGUGAAUUUAAUGGUCAUCCGGAGUAUUGUUGCGCACUUGCGGGUUUAUGUUGACGAAGUGUUAAUUUAGGGUUAAACUAAUCACACAUGACUCUCACAAGGUGCUGGAGAUUUGCAGGGGCUGUCCCGCGGCUGUUAUGGAACAGUACCGCCAUGCCUGGGGUUUCCGUUCCGAUGGGACGAAUCUCUGUGUCCAACCUUGAGAACACCCAUCCCAGUUGCAAAAAGCUGCUGUUCUUCAGGUUCAGCUCAGGACCACCUAGCACAGAUGUGACUUAUGACCAGCUGAAACAGCUCCUGGCUGUUCGGAAGUCUGUAGUUAUAGAUGUCAGAGAGCCGUGGGAGCUCCGAGAGUACGGCGCCAUCCCCGGGUCAAUUAAUGUUCCUUUGGGACAAGUUGGCACUGCCCUCCAGUUGGAUCCGGAAGAGUUCAAAGAAAAAUAUGAUGGUGAAAUGCCUCAGCAGACAGAUAACGUUGUAUUCAGCUGUCUGACAGGGGUCAGAAGCAAGAAUGCACUCGACACAGCCAUCUCGCUGGGAUACAAAGAUGUUCAGCAUUACCCAGGUGGAUGGCAAGACUGGGUGAAAAAUGAACGACAUCAUUGAUCCAAGGCUAAAGGAAGAAGGAGAAAACUAUAUAUUUAUAGCUCUUUUUGAAAAUGACUUGAAAUCAGACUGAAAGGUGAGAAUGCGAACAGUCUUGUAAGGGGUUUUUAAAAAGUUCAUUCACUUUUCUGUUUUAAGAGGCAGUGAUUUAAGUUGAUAUCCUCAUCUGUGAAUCCCAAAGACUAAGACAAGAGGGCUCAGCACAGAUCAAUCUGCUGCUAAAAAAAAUCAAAACUACUGCAAUAUUACUUGAAGUUACCUGUAAAUUUGAUUCAGCAUACAACUAUUUAUAAACCCUUUACAACUUCUUAAUAAAUAUAUAACCAGUAAGUAUUCUAAACCUCACAGAUAUUAAAAGCAGAUGAAGUGCUGAAGUUUUUGUUUCCAGACUAACUAUGCAAAUCACCACUUAACUGUGAAUGAUUGUGAUUUAAAUUGACAUUUUUCAUUGCAUAAUAUGAACACUCCAACAGUUGAUGUAAAUAUUAAAUAGCUUGUUGCUCAUAUGUGGUGCUGUCAGUGCUGUUGUUGCCAACAUCAUCCAAUAAAUAAAAUGAUACUUUUGACAGUGA